AUGUCAAAUACCGUGAGAGAAAUCGAGUCCAUCCCUGGUACUGUACAACCUCAUGUCGGUGAAACGCCCAUUCUUGACAAGGUUAAUUCUUCUCCUGCAAUCGCUGUACAAUCGUCGUCACCAGAAAAAAGCGUUUCGGAAGGAAGAGAUAUUCUGGCUAUGAAAUCCGCUUCACAACAAUCGCUUACUGUACCAGAAAAAACGAAUACAGUUCCAACUGUUUCUACUCCGUCGAUAGUCAGUAGCCCACCGAUCAUGCAAGAAACAUCAGUGCCUGUUCCUGCACCAGCCCCAACGACAGUACCUACAACAGAAUCAAUUCCACAAUCUGAAUCGUAUUCAUCGCUUCCAACUACUACACAGAAUCCGUCACAACCUACACCUGCACCUUCACCUGCAUCUCAACCUCCUCCGCCAACAUUUCCAGCCGCUGUAGAAGUUCAUCGAAAUGACGAAACUAAUGAGCCAGCCAUUGUGCGUCAAGUAUCAACACAUUCGAUCGGCAUCCAACCAACCAUCUGGGAAUCCUAUAAAGCAUUGGGAGAUCAAUAUGCGAAACAAGAAGAAGCAGGUAUUGUUCUUCUUGAUUUUUCCCAAUACUUCCUUCAAGGACGCUGCGGGGGACCGUCUUUUCCUGCAAUUCGGUGCCAGUGGGAGUGA